UUCAUUGCUGAUGAGCAUUUCUUUAGCGCAGACAGCAAAUUUUACGACCGAAAAACUUUCGGGAAUCUCGUACAAAAAUUCAUUAUGACUUAGUGGGUUUUAUUUAUUUAUUAGCUUAUCCUUAGCGACAAUGUACAGAUUAUAUUAUUGCUUUUGUAUGGUAGUAUUAAUUAAUAUUAAGUACAUUCGUGCGGAAUCGUUAUGGAGCACGCAAGCGUUGAACCAAACAGCGACCUUCAAUGUGCCGUAUUACGGGCAAGUGGACAACCGCAAUCCCAUUGCCUAUCAUUUCACGCGGCAGUUAAAUACGUUCUACGACGGCGCAGUGCGCUUGACCGUCGGCAGUGUGGACGCCAGCGAGGAGGAGCCCAUUCUCAUCAUCGUUAAACGGCAGCGCACGGUACGCUCCUGGCAACUUCCGCUGAUUAUGGAGGAGAAUCAUGGAUAUAGUUUCUUCAGUCGCACAUUAUGUCCACUGCAUAAUCAUGCGUCAACAGAAAUUCCGCUAGCUGGCAGCGACGAAUUCUACGUGGAGAUCUUCUCGGUAUCCUCCACCCGCCUCUCCUACAGCCUGAUGGUAGCCACCUUUCCGGGCUUCUCCGUCAGCCACCUCCCGAACUUUGAGCUGCGCGUCAGCCCUUCUGAACCCCAGUACGUCCACUACCGCAUGCAGCCGGCCACCAACCGUGUCGUCGUCAAGGUCAACGCCACCGUCGGCGACACCUACUGCAGCUAUUUAUCCAUCCAGUCGGUCCGCUGUCCCGUGGGGGACUUGGAGGCCGACCUCCGGCUGGACGGCCGCUACCAGACCGUCACCUCGCGGGCGGCCAUCGAGGUCACCCGCGCCCAGUUCCCCAGCGGGGAGUUCUACAUCGUCGUCCUGGUCCACACCCGGGAUGACGACUGCACCGAGUCCCGCGGGCUCUUCAGCUUGCUCCAGCGGCACAGCGACGCCAAGGGAACGGUGUACCACGCCCCGCGCUACAAGACCGUUAACGUCACGGUCAUCGAGAGCCUGGACGCCGAGGGGUACAUCCUAGCCACGGUGGUCCCGGUGCUGAUCUUCCUGGGGUUCUUCAUCCUCUCGGUGGUGCUCCUGCAGACCGGUCCGCGGACCUGGAGGGGCAUUUUCUGCACGGAUCUCAGCCGGGUGACCCUCCCGACCGCCGAGGAGAAAUGGGGGAUCGCCGCGCUCUUCGAGAAAAGCAUCACCGGCAAGGAUAUACCUUCGCUGUGGGACCCGGACAACUACGAAGCCUCCAACUCCAAACUCGCGCAGAUGGUCCGGAAACUCCGGGCGUCCUCCGACCCCAAUGUCCAACUAAUGACCGAGAGCGCCCCGAAGACCGUCAACCUUACCGGCUUCGACUCCACGGACGGGCAACCGGGAGCGUUGACCCUCCUGCACAUGGCGGACAUCAACCGGAAGUCUGCCAGUCUGAUUAAGCAGACCUCGCGGGAGUACGGCCUGACGCUGAUCACGGUGUUCAUCUUUUACAGCCUGCCGGUGCUGCAGCUGGUGAUGACGCACCAGGGCCUGCUGGUGGUGACGGGGAACGAGGACAUCUGCUACUACAACUUCUCCUGCGCCAACACCGUCGGCGUUCUCUCCGACUUCAACCACAUCCUCUCCAACGUCGGCUACGUCCUCCUCGGACUCCUCUUCAUCCUCCUCGUGCGCCGCAAGUCCAUCUUCACCUCCAAACUAAGGCAGACGGUGCCGAGCUUGGACGAGUACGGCAUCCCGUCGCAGAUUGGUCUGUUCUACGGGAUGGGGAUGGCGCUGACGAUGGAGGGCGUGAUGAGCGCCUGCUACCACGUCUGUCCCAGCUACAACAACUUCCAGUUCGACACCUCCUUCAUGUACCUCAUCGCCGGGCUCCUUCUUCUAAAACUGUACCACGCCCGCCACCCGGAUGUCCUGCCGCAGUCGUACGCGGCGUACGCGCUGUUUGCCGGUUUUAUACUGAUCGCUGUGGUGGGCGUGGUCAGCCGGCAUAUUGGCUACUGGAUCGCCUUUUCAGUGAUCCAUGGAAUUGUCACCGUUGUCCUGUUCCUGCAGAUACUGUUUGUGGGAUACCUCGAAUGGUCAUUCGCCGGUGUUAGGAAAGGCAUGAAGGAGGCGUUCGCCACAAAACGCGGUGAGCGCAUGAAAAUCCCCACAAGCCGCAUCGUCCUGUCCACGCUGAUCCUGCUAACCAACCUGCUCUUCGUCAUCUCGGGACCGCUGCUGCGGCCGUACGAUUUCGCCAGCCAUCUGCUGUUCAUUCUCCAAGCCAACCUGCUCAUCUACGCUUCCUUCUACGUCGGCAUGAAGAUGAUGGAUCCCGAUGAGCGCAUCAGCCGCGCAUCCUGCCUGUACUUUUUUCUGGCACUGCCCGCCUGGGGGGUCGGCAUGUAUUACUUCACCCGCGGGUUAAGCAACUGGGAACUUAGCGCGGCGAAAUCCCGGGAAGGCAAUCGAGAGUGCUUCUUCUUCGAAUUCUACGACGAGCAUGAUGUGUGGCAUAUGUGCUCGGCCAUCGGGUUAUUCUUUACCUUCAUGAUGCUGCUGACAUUGGACGAUGAUCUGGCCACGGUGACGCGUGAUCAGAUCACGGUAUUCUAGUUAAUACCAAGAUACCAUAUCGGUAGAUCUGUCUAGAGGAACCGUUAAAGGAGUUUCCGUCGCUAGCAUCGGACUUGUGCUGGAUCGUAACGAAUGCUAUCGCUACUGAACUGUUGUUUACCAAUGAACAUGACGUAGUUGUAACUACGGAAUUGCUGGUGCUUCCCAUAAAAUGUAAACAGUCGUUCAACAAGUCUGUUGCUUUUGUGGCGUUUACCGUUUCAUAAGGGUUGCGUGAUGUGCAUUUAAUCUUCAGAAGACGACGCAAUGGUUUGCUUCUCGACUUUGUAGCUUCAAGUCAACAUCUAC